AUGGAGCUUCUUCGCAAAACAUUGGAAGAGAAGGCGAAGAGAAGACAGGAAGCUGAGGACAAGAAGCAAAAGGCUCGGUUCCGGCGAGCAGUUGCCAACUUUGCCGUAUGCCUGGAUGACGUGAGAGAGCGCAUUCAGGUCCAAGGAACCUGCCAGGUCGAUCUGACAGCCGCCGUCCGAGCUUUGGCCUUCGAGCUUCGGGGAAGGUUGGGAAUCUGGACCCCGCAAGCUUCCGAUCAGGUGUUGGAACGGAUCGAGGACAGGCUCAGGAACCUUGUCGGCCAGGACGGAUCGCCGGACGCUGAACAAGGGAGUUCGACUGCCAGUUCCGCGGGGCGGUGUGCAGAUGCUCCGUCCCCGACCUUUCAGGAAGUUCUGGCGAGCGACACGACGGAGGAGGUGCCGCAUCUACCUGACCCACUUGCAGCCGCCAAGUUUGCCAUGCAUGCGGAGGUCGCAGCGUUUCAGCGCCAAUCAGAGCGAACUGAGCUGCUCAGACGUGAGGUCGCCGCCCUCGGACGAAGCUUUGAGACUGCCCGCACCGAUUUUCGGCACCUGGCAGAGGAGGCUGCUGCCGCUGCUGCCUACAAAGUGGAAGCCUGCAUUCGCUCGGAGCAGUGGGACUGGAGGCAGGAGUUAAAGGUGUCGUUGGAUGCUGCUCUGGAGCAGCGAGAACACCUGGCAGCCAUGGCACGUGAGGCUGUCGAAGAUCGGUUUCACAGCGCAUUGGAAAACAUGUCCAAGGCGUCGGACGAGAGCCUCAGCGGCCUCCGAGAUUAUGUGAAUGCAGAACUUCAGAAGUCCACGGAGAAGGUUCACUCUGUGGUCUCCCAGAUCGACUCUCUGGACGAGUGUGUAGCGAAGGUGGACCAGCUGUCCCGCGACAGAGCAAAGGAUGCCGCACACACUGUGCGAUCUUCUUUGGUUGAUUUCCGCAUGGUGGAUCUCCGCAAGCAGGAGGACACCACCAAGGAGCUGAGGUUCUUGCUCUCCAGCAUCGCUAGAGGAAUCCUCAAGCUUGGCCAGGUCUGCGGCGUACUUUCGGACCAAGCACAGGUACUUCAGAGCAAGGACGCGGAUCCACUGGACGAUGAGCUCAGCGGCAACAGCAUCGCGCACCGCAUUGACGAUGCUUGGACCGUGAUUUCGGAGGGUUGCAGAGACACCAUGGAGCUGAUGCAGAAGAAGGCGCAGGGAAUGCUUCGAGCCAGGCUCGCGGAGGAGGUAGGCGACUUUGAUGCACGUGUCCAUCGCGAAUGCGUUGGACUUGUGGCAGCCCAUAAGCACUGUGUGCUGCAUGCUGCAAAGGAGGGCCUCGAGCGAAGCCUACCAACUCUGGAUGGUUUUCGAGCUCGAAAGUCUUCAUGCUGGUCCUGGCAGGGCGGCGAUGGAUGCGCUGGGCGGGCAAGCGGUCCUUCCCCGGAUUGCACAUCAGACUUGAUGUCGACGACCUGUCCUACUGAACGCCUCGGACAGUCGCCGGCAUUGACGGAGCUGCGCAGCCCUGUGCCGCCAAGCACUGUGUUGGACCAAGCGCUGCGUGUGAUGACACGUGCCACGGAAGACAGAGCAACUUUGAAGCUUCCAUUCCUUUGCAUCGAGUUCAAUGUCACCACCAUUCUGUGCUUGUGCUUCUUUGCGGUGGAGGUCAUUCUAUCCUCCUUCUGCAAGCAGGAUUACUUUCUUGGCUUCUUCUUCGUCCUUGACUGCGUGUCUACAGCCUCCCUUCUGCUGGAUCUCACAUGGGUGGCUGACUCGCUAGUUUCGGAUGACAUGGAAGUUGGAGACAAGGCCCGUGGGGGGCGGACCGCGCGCCUCGGAGCGUCAGUCGGCCGAGUUGUUCGAGUAAUCCGCCUCGUCCGAAUCGUCAAGCUGUAUAAGGCAGCUUAUGAGCGCAUUAUGGCCGAGGCAGCAAAAAGCAGUGCCAGUUCGCCAGGCGAAGAAACUCUUGAUGACUGGGACAAUCCUGAAUAUGACGAACAGGAUCAGCGAAAGGGCCAGCGCGAGAGUGCCGUCGGCAAGAAGCUAGUUGCGCUCACCACCCGGCGAGUGAUCAUACUUGUGUUAGUGAUGCUGAUGGUAAUGCCAGUUUUCAUCGUCAGCAACUCGCAUAAUGAUCUGACAUCGGCUGCUUUUGGCGCCAGUGUUGUGUUUGACAAGUACAGGCAUAUGAAGGAAGGCAUCUCCAGUCGCUCUUUGUACGAGGAGUCCAUUCUCAAGUACUUCUACUACCAUAACUGGUUUGCCGGCCAUGCAGGAUGCGAAGGAGACUCCUUCUGUCCAGCAGUUUUUCUCAGCCAUGCUUUCUGGGUCGGCUUCGCUGGACGCAGCAAAACGUUCGACGAGCUUCGGAACUACACUGCCGAGGCAAGGCUGCAGAAAGACGUUGUGGUCGCAUGGGAUGCGAACGUGUCGAAGCAAGAUGCCGAAUAUGUCUAUGUGAUGGGCAACUUUCCGCUGGAGGCACAGGACUUGCUCAGCUCUGACUGGAAUAUCGAGUGCCAGUUUGGUGGUUGGAGCCACCUCGGUCAGUCCUUGCUCUCCAACUUGCUGGAGGACACCGUGUCGUAUGCUGUCAGGUGUCCGGACGACCUCCGGCCACAGGAGCGUUUCAGAGUCCAGCCUUCACUCCUCACAGAGCAGGAAUUUGAUGACUGGCAUUUGGCAUUCUUCUUUGAUGCACGGCCAUUCGUGAGGGCGGAGUCGCAGAACAACAUGAUGCUGACGGGCUUCAUUUGCUUGGUCCUCUGCGUGGCAUCCCUGCAGUUCUCCAAGGAUGCAAAUGUUUUGGUCUUGCGCCCUGUAGAGAGCAUGAUCGAAAAGGUCAACCUCAUACGAGACAAUCCCCUUGCCGCUAUGAAGAUGGCCGAUGAUGAGUUCAAGGGUGAAGAGAUCAAGAAGUUUAAGGCAAAUACCACGAGGGAGAAGCGAAGCAUCUGGCUAGAAAAGUACCACUUGUCUUUCUUGUCUCGAAUGCUCAACUGGUUCUCGGCAUCAGGAAACACCUCCGCAGAUGAAGCGAUGAUGGAGACUGCGGUUCUCGAAAAGACCAUCAUCAAGCUUGGCUCACUGCUUGCGCUCGGAUUUGGGGAAGCCGGUGCCAGCAUCGUUGCCGACAACAUGCAGGGUCUGGACUCUGCUGGUGUAAAUGCCAUGGUUCCAGGUAGCCGUGUCGACUGUAUCAUCGGAUCGGCCUGCGUCCGGGACUUCAGCACGGCCACAGAAGUCCUGCAGGGCAAGGUCAUGACCUUCGUGAAUCAGAUUGCAGAGAUUGUUCAUGGCCUUGUCUGCGAGUUCCACGGCGCUCCCAACAAGAACAGCGGUGAUCGCUUCCUGCUCAUUUGGCGACUUGGAGGCCUGAGUUAUGAACAGCAGACGCGGAUGGCAGACAUGGCAGUGGUAUCUUGCGUAAGGAUUUUGGGCUGCACUCAUAGCAACAAGACUUUGGCAGAAUAUCGUGGACAUCCUGGUCUAAUACAAAGACUCGGAACCCACUGCCGAGUCAACUUGAGCUUUGGUCUUCACCGUGGCUGGGCCAUUGAGGGUGCCGUCGGCAGCGAGUUCAAAAUUGAUGCGUCGUACCUUUCACCAAAUGUGAGCAUUGCGGAGACGUUAGAAUUUGCCACGAAGGUCUAUCAGGUCAGCAUCCUGGCGUCACAGGAUUGCAUUUCCCUCUGCUCCAAGGCCCUAGCACGACAGUGCAGACUCAUAGACAAGGUCAACAUGAAGGGAUCCAAAAUUCCUCUGAGCCUGUACGUGUAUGAUGUGGAGACUGGCCGUGUUCCUGUUCAUGACGACAGCUCGACACUGGAAUGGAGCGUGCGACAACGCUUCAAAGCACGCCAGCUCUUCGAGGUGGAAAAAUCGAAGAAAUGGACGAGCGACGUCAACAUUGUAGAGGACUUUAUCAACGACAGCAUGGACGUAAAAGCCAUGCGCAAGCUUUACACCACUGAGUUCCUGCAGCUCUUCAACAUGGGGUACCAGAACUACUCAGAGGGUGAAUGGCGUGUGGCGAGACGGCUGCUCAAGGCAACCCAAGACAUGCUGGGCUUCCAGGAUGGCCCGAGCACUGCUCUACUGGCUUUCAUGGAGACACCCUACCAGUACGAGGCUCCUCCGAAGUGGACGGGUGUGCGGGACGUUCCGCUGUGA